AUGCCAGCCACACUCGAACCCAUCAGGCGGGUCAAGUGCACGUAUGCAGACUGCGACAUGUCUUUCGACACAGAGAAGAUCAUGAAGAACCACAAGAAGAACUUCGACGAUCACGAAUACUGUCACAAGUGCGACGAGGACUUUGAAACUUUCGAAGACUACGCCAUGCACAAGAUCACACGGCCUGAGGAGCAUGGACAAGCAUGCCGCGUCUGUGGUGACGAGUUCAAGAGCACGUCUGGCUUAAAGCGUCACAUUGAGCGUAACCACAAGGUUGAUCAAGAGCUUACCUGCAUCGGCUGUCAGAAGUCCUUCUACCGUGCAUGCCUCUUCAUCGAGCACCUCGAGUUUGGUCACUGUGAGGUCAUUCAAGCCUCCCAGUUCCAAGGCCACGUCGUCCAUAAGCAUCUCGUCGAGAAAUAUUUAGAGGAUGGUCCAGCAUGGAACCGAUUGCAGCAAAAGAUGUCCAAGUACGAGGCAGCUAUCGACGUAGAAGAGGUCGGAGGUGUUCUGCUCAGCGAUGACCCCAUCGACGACAGCGCAGACAUUGAGGACGUCAAAUUCGAGGCGAUCAAGCCCGAUCCUUCCCUAGAAGAGCCACACACUCCGGUCUUCAGCGGUCACUACCCUCCCCUGCCUACUCAGAGCGGGUUUAUGUCCGGCGUAGACAUGGGGGUUGCAUCGAUGAUAGGCGGCAUGUCUCUCAAUGGAGACGUCGAUGUCGACUCUUUCGUUCAUGAUGGUUCUGAGGUUCAGGGCUCCAGUGUUUCUUCGUCCAAUCAUGAGACCAAGGUUUGGGGCCCUCGCAAGGGCAAAUCAACAGGCUCUAUACUGUUUCAAAACGCCAAACCCAAAGCUCCUCCCAGUGACUUCUCUGUCUCUGCACAUGAUGAGGCUAUGGAGCAUGCACAUGGUCCCAAUCUCUUUCGUGAUCGCUUCUGGGAUCCGAUGAGUUCCGACUGGAACCCAGAGAGGUUCUACGACUCAAUCAUCAACAAGUACUAUUGUCCAUUCGUCUGCGAGCAAAGCUUUGACAUUCGCCAAGAUCUCAACAACCACAUUCUCGUCGACCACCGCAUAACACGCGUGAAGUGCCCUAAAUGCCUAAAGUACUUCAAGUCCGCCACCGCUCUCAUGGCUCAUUGCGAAUCCCAUGGCUCUAAAUGUACCAUCAACCAUACUGAUAACUUUGGCGUCUUCCUCGACAGGAUGUCCGGUGGCUUCCUUGGUGUACAAGAGAAGAUCCGCCCUGAUCAUCUUAAUACCCGACCCACCUUGCGGAGGAAUGCGGAGACUGGGCAUAUGGAGAUGUACAAGCCGCCUGUUGCUAGUUAUCUGCAGUAUACCGUUACUACGCCUCCGGACUGGAAGAAUCCCAUACACUCGGCCGUACAGAUCGGUGGUAUACCCAGGAAAUCACAGUGGUAA